CAUAGAAGGCGGGACUUACUGUGAAUGCAGUACAUUACAGAGUGAAAGCGGAAACAGUUAGAAAUGUUUUUUUUGUCAGAAUUACAGAGGCUCAGUGCGUUAUUUUUUAUUUUAAUCGUGUAAAAUGCAGUAUACUGAAGCGUUUACUGUUUUGUUCUCUUACAGUUUGCUGAUGUUUAAUGUCACACACGGAGCUUUAACGGAUUUCUCUGAUGAGCUUCGCAACACUAAAGGACAAAUAUUAGAGCUGUUGAAUCAGCUGUUUAAUCGGAGUUAUUACAGUGAAGCAGAUUAUUUACAGGCCUGGAUCAAUUUACAAUACUCUGUGAAGCGGCAGACUUUUCUCAACUCGCGCUCGAGGGGUUUGAAGCACGCGGCGGUAUACGGAGUGAAUCGGUUCUCCGUGCUCUCGGCUCAGCAGUUUAAAGAUCUUUAUCUCCGAGCUCAUCCAGACAAAGUGCCCAGGUACAGAUCUUUCCAACAUGGCAACCUCGGAGCGUCUCCUUAUCCUCGGAAGUUCGACUGGAGGGAUCGUGGAGCUGUCGGUCCUGUUCACAAUCAGAAAUCGUGCGGAGGAUGCUGGGCGUUCAGCGUGGUCUCCGCGGUCGUGUCGGUGCGAGUGAAAGACGGAGGAACGUUCCAGGAGCUCAGCGUCCAGCAGGUUAUAGACUGUGCGUAUAAAAGUAGUGGAUGUGACGGAGGAUCGACCGUUAGCACGCUGGACUGGCUAAAACAGAGUGGGGAGAAGCUGGUGAACGAGACGGAGUAUCCGUACCGAGAGGAGACCGGAGUGUGUCGGAUUUUCUCCCGGAGUCACGGCGGCGUGUUGGUGAAGGACUACGUUGCCUUCAACUUCAGUGGACAGGAGGAGGAGAUGAGGAGGAGGUUAGUGGACUGGGGGCCGUUGGUGGUUAUAGUAGACGCAGUGAGCUGGCAGGAUUAUCAGGGAGGAAUCAUUCAACACCACUGUUCCUCUGAACACGCUAAUCAUGCUGUGCUAAUCACCGGCUACGAUACUACAGGUGAGGUGCCAUUUUGGAUUGUGCGUAAUUCGUGGGGGACGUCGUGGGGUGAUGAGGGAUACGCCUACAUUAAAAUGGGGGAGAACAUGUGUGGAGUGGCAGACACCGUGGCUGCUGUGUUUCUCUGAUUCUGUGAUAUAGUUUUAUCUUCAGGCAGGAACACUUUUAUCCUCAAUUCAGAGAGAAAAUGUUUAUAAUUAUUUUCCAUUUGUCUGAUUUAAUAGAGUGAAUUAUUUUUUAAAUAAAAUUUCACAUUUUACUAUUUCCAUGUAUGAAAUAUUCAGAAUGUAUAUUUUUUCAGCAAAAUUCUAUAAACUACAUUUACAUAA